AUGGAUGAUUUAUACGACGAGUUCGGUAACUUCAUCGGCGAGGAUGUCGGCUCUGAAGAGGCGUCUGAACGAGGGGCGGAGGGCGAUUACGUCUACGGCGAUGAUGCUAGCGAGGCGCCCGCACCCACUGAUGAUGGCCCAUCAAAUGCGAUCAUUCUGCACGAGGACAAACAAUACUACCCGACGGCACAGCAAGUAUACGGAGAUGAAGUCGAAGUCCUUGUACGAGAGGAAGAUGAGCAGUUGCUCUCGCAGCCGAUCAUAGCGCCCGUCGAGCAGAAGAAGUUCAACAUCGAAGAGGUCGACCUACCACCCGUAUUCUUUGAGCGCAGCUUCAUGACAGACCUCAUGAACUUCCCCGAUCAAAUACGGAAUGUUGCGUUGGCAGGACACCUCCAUCACGGAAAGACGGCAUUUAUGGAUAUGCUGGUGUUGGAAACCCAUGAUAUCACAGACAGGCUCGAGCGCCGGGUCGGCAAGAAGAGAGACGAGCAGCUGAGAUAUACCGACGUCCACGUUGUGGAACGGGAAAGAGGCGUAUCGAUCAAGGCUUCGCCCAUGAGCUUGGUUCUUCCGAGUUCCAAAGGAAAAUCCCAUCUGAUUAACAUUCUGGAUACCCCCGGCCACGUCAACUUUGUUGAUGAGGUCGCAGCCAGUCUGAGAUUAGCCGACGGAGUCUGUCUGGUUGUCGACGUUGUGGAGGGCGUUCAGGUCAACACGGAGCAAAUCAUCAAGCAUGCUGUUCUGGAGGAUAUCCCGCUGACGCUCAUUGUCAACAAGAUGGACCGCCUCAUCUUGGAGCUGAAGCUGCCGCCCAAGGAUGCCUACUUCAAGCUUAAGCACGUCAUCGAGGAGGUCAACACGGUAAUCGAAAACACUAUCCCGGGCAAGGGCGAGGAAAGACGGAUAAGCCCCGAGAAGGGCAAUGUUCUUUUUGCUUGCACGGACAUGGGGUGGUGCUUCACCCUGCAGUCAUUCGCGAAGAUGUACGCAGACACGUACGGCGGCAUCAACACCGAGGAUUUCGCGAAGAGGUUAUGGGGCGAUAUUUACUUCAACCCCGAGAAACGAAACUUCACCCGCAAGCCGCUAGAGCCACGAUCGAGCCGAUCCUUUGUCAACUUCGUUCUGGAGCCUAUUUACAAGAUCUUUACGCACACAAUCAGCGACAGCCCAGAGGAAUUGAAGAUUGUCUUGGGCAGCCUCGGCAUCACCUUGAAGCCUUCUCAGUACAAGGCUGACGCUAAGGUGCUGUUAAAACUGGUCUGCGAGCAGUUCUUCGGUCCCUCAACAGGAUUCGUCGACAUGAUCGUAGGCCACAUCCCUUCACCUGACCAGUCUGCGGAGAAGUACUUGGAAAAGUACUACACUGGCCCUCUGGAUACGAAGUUGGCUCAGUCCAUGAAGGCUUGCAACCAAGACGGUCCGCUGGUAAUUCACGUAACAAAACUUUUCAGCACCGCAGACGCCAAGAGCUUUUAUUCGUUUGGUCGCGUGCUAAGUGGCACAGCUCAUCCUGGCUCGCAAGUCCGAGUUCUUGGAGAGGGGUACUCGAUAGAUGACGACGAAGACAUGGCUAUGGCAACGAUUUCUGACGUCUUCAUCGCAGAGUCGAGGUAUAACAUUCCGACGGACGGCGUGCCGGCGGGCAAUUUCGUACUGCUCGGUGGAGUCGACAACUCCAUCGUCAAAACGGCAACACUCAUCCCGCCGAAGCUUGAAGAUGAUGAGGAUCCUUACAUCUUUAAGCCUGUCACACAUUUCACCGAGUCUGUACUCAAGGUAGCCGUCGAGCCCAUCAACCCGUCAGAAUUACCCAAGAUGCUUGACGGUCUGCGGAAAAUCCAAAAGAGCUAUCCGCUCAUUACUACGAAGGUUGAGGAAUCGGGAGAACACAUCGUCUUGGGCACUGGCGAAUUGUACAUGGACUGUGUUCUCCAUGACCUUAGACGCCUCUACGCCGAUAUGGAGAUUAAGAUUUCGGAUCCAGUAACUCGCUUCUGCGAGACAGUCGUUGAGCAGUCAGCGACCAAAUGCUACGCCAUCACGCCGAACAAGAAGAACAAGAUUACGAUGGUUGCCGAGCAGCUAGAUAAGGGCAUCUCGGAAGACAUUGAGUCAGGCAAGGUCAAGAUCAAGGACCCUAUUCGCAAGACAGCCAAAUACUUCGAAGACACCUAUGGUUGGGACAAGCUGGCAGCGAGAAGCAUCUGGGCAUUUGGUCCCGAUGAGAUGGGCCCUAACAUUCUGCAGGACGACACGUUGCCCUCAGAGGUCGACAAGAAGCUCUUGACGACGGUCAAGGAAACCAUUCGCCAAGGCUUCAGCUGGGCAACUAGAGAAGGGCCCCUGUGCGAAGAACCCAUUCGAAAUACAAAGUUCAGGAUCACGGAUGUGUCGUUGGCGUCGGAAGCUAUCUUCCGGGGAGGCGGUCAGAUCAUCCCCACUUCCAGGCGGGCCUGCUACUCUUCGUUCCUGAUGGCCUCCCCUCGACUGAUGGAGCCUCUGUACUCUGUCUCUGUGACUGGCCCUGAGGACUCCGCAACAGAGGUCUAUACAACGUUGGCUAGACGUCGUGGUCACGUCCUUCAGGAUGGACCUGUGGCCGGCACGCCUCUCUAUCGCGUCAACGGUCUGAUUCCUGUCAUCGACUCCUUUGGCUUCGAAACGGACCUGCGCAUCAAGACCAAGGGCAUGGCCAUGGUCAGCUUGACGUUUGACAGUUGGAGCAUUGUGCCAGGUGAUCCUCUCGACAAGGAGGUUAUUCUGCGGCCGCUGCAGCCGGCAAGUGCACAAGCCACGGCCAGAGACUUUGUGCUGAAGACGAGAAGGAGAAAGGGUCUCAGCGAGGACGUGAGCGUGGCAACAUUCCUGGAGCCUGAGUUCUACCAAAGCCUCAUGGAGAGUGGCGCUCUUGGCGACUAA